UUAAUGUGAUCUGCAAACUACAAAAAUAUAGUUACCCGAUAACACGGAAGGCUGGGUCUCUCUCUAGAUUACGCUGCCGUCUAGGGUUUCCCUAGGGGUGUCUAGGCGUUUUGCCUAGGGCUUUGUCCUGUGGCGGUUCUCCGACCGCGGCACCGGUUUUUUGUUUGGAUUUUCUGCUUUUGGAUUUGGAUUUUUGAGGGUGGUGGAGCAGAUUCCUUCUGAGCCAAAUUGGUAAUUCGGCUUUGGGAAGGGUUUCGAUCGCAAGGAGGGUCUGGUUCGAUGGAUAUGGUGCUGAGACGAGCGGCGGCUGAUUCGAGGCGGCUGGAUUGAAUUAGACUUGAGCUGCGGCAAGGGGCUGGCAGAAGGUUCAAGCAACAUUUUUGCAUGGAAAGCUUCGUGGACAAGUACAAGACGAUGAGGAAUGGGAUAGAGGAAGAGGAACUGGAUCUAGAUGAUGUUGAUGUAGUUGAGGUUGUGGCGGAUGAAUGGAGGGCGCGUCCCCCUCCUGUGCCGCCGCCAUGAAGUGCAAGCAAAUCUAGGGUUUGGAAGAAAAUAGACGAAAUCUAUUUUAAUUCCAUUUUAUUCAGUUUGUGUUUUUCUGUCGAAUCGCAUGUUGUGGUGGACGUGUUCUUUUUUUUCUAGCUGAGAUAUUCUUGAGUUUAGGUUAGGUGAUGAGAAGUCCGGUUUGCCAGUCAUUGGAUCAGUUAAGCCCAUUACAGGAUCAGCGAAUGUUAUUGCUUCUACGGAGGUGAUAAAUUCUCAGUCUGGUUCGGGACGGCAAAUAGAAGGCUUUUUAUCAUUUUGUUUUCUUGUUUCUCUUUGAUUGUAUUAUCAGUCAUGUGACGAACGUUAUUUUUUAUUUAAUAUAUUAAUUGGACUACUUCAUUCAAAAAAAUGUGAUCUGCAGAUUGCUGAUGAUAUAAAGCCAAAUCCGAUGGUGAUUAGUGUGCUAAACCAACUCUGCAAAGUCAUCCCGACGUGGAAACUUAUCCCAACCCAAGAUAUUAUUGAAGCUGCCUUUAGAGACCCAAAUGUUAGGAUUGAGAUUAGGGCCAACCCGUAUUGCUACAAGGGCCGACCGCGCUUGAAAACCGGGAAUGAACUCCUCGCUGUUAGCAUGGACUUGGAGAAAAGGCUUAAUGAGGUGAAGUUGCCAUUUAUAGUUGCACAUGGAGAAGCAGACAUCGUAACAGAUCCGGCGGUGAGCAAACUCUUGUAUGAAACGGCUACAAGCACAGACAAGACCCUUAAGCUGUACCCAGGAUUGUGGCAUUCUCUUACCUAUGGCGAGCUGCCGGAGAAUUUGGACGUCGUGUUUUCCGACAUCAUCGACUGGCUUGAUGAAAAGGUGGCCUUGGGCAAUGGAAGGCUUGAGAGAGAACUAAAACAAGCUAAUGAUGAUGACAUAGUAUUCAAACCAGUUGCUGCAAGCUAAUUCAUGAUUCUCAUACUAUGCAUAUAUUGUUGUAUUUGCUUGUAUAAAAUUGGCCCACACGAACUCAUCAUUUCAUCAACUACUCCGUGCUAUACAUACUCUAAGGCUAGCCGUAAGGGAAAUUUAUUAGAAUAUGAAUAAAACUCAAUGAAUUUCUCAAUCUAUGACUUAAUUAGUCUUUGAAUUUUUGUAUGAUCGAAAAUCAUGAAAAAAAAAGAAAAAUUCGUAUCUAUUUAAAUGUUGAAUGACGAAAAU